UGCCGCGCAGUCGGCCUGGGCGAGUCCGCAGCCGGCGCAGCCCUGCCCCUUUCGCCGCCGAGCCCGCCAGGAGACGCCGCGGACGCUGCUGCUGCUGCUGCUGCUGCCCGACGAGGCCAGGCGGGGCGGCUGCAUGAGGUUGAUGCUGCUGUGCUGCACCUGGAGGGACGAGCCCAUGGGAGAGGACGAAGCAAGUGACCUGCCAAUAUGUGCCAGUUGCAGUAACAGCAUCUACGACGGACAAUACUUGCAGGCCUUGAAUGCCGACUGGCACUCCGACUGCUUCAGGUGCUGCGAAUGUGGAGCCUCACUCUCGCAUCAGUACUAUGAAAAAGAUGGUCGCCUCUACUGCAAAAAAGACUACUGGGCGCUCUUUGGAGAGCUGUGCCACGGCUGCUCGGAACAGAUCGCCAAAGGGCUCAUCAUGGUGGCCGGAGAUCAGAAGUACCACCCAGAGUGUUUCAGCUGCCUAAACUGCCAGACGUUCAUUGGUGAUGGAGAUACGUAUGCCUUGGUGGAACGCUCCAAACUCUACUGUGGGCAAUGUUACUACCAGAUGGUGGUGACGCCAGUGAUGGACCAGCUGCUUCCAGAGUCUCCAGGAACCCGGAUCCCGCACACGGUCACCCUUGUGUCCAUUCCAGCCUGUACCGAUGGGAGGCGUGGCUUUUCUGUGUCGAUUGACCAGCAUGGCGGCUCAGAGCACCCCCACACCGUGCGUGUCCGAGAGUUGGACCCAGACUGUAUAAGCCCUGAUAUGAAGAACUCCAUCCAUGUUGGCGACCGCAUCCUGGAGAUCAACGGCACGCCCAUCCGGCAUGUCCCCCUGGACGAGAUCGAUUUGUUGAUCCAAGAGACCAGCCGCCUGCUGCAGCUGACCAUUGAACACGAUCCCCAUGAGAUGCUGGAGAGCAGCCCCCUCUCAGAGCUGCGCAGCCCCCUCCGCUCACCCAGCCGCACGCCCUGCCCGGAACCCACAGCCAUUCGCCAACAUGCUGUCAUGCGCAGCUGCAGCAUCGACAAGUCUCCCUGCUCCAGCUCUCUGAACUCUCCCGCCUCCCAGCAGAAGGACAUCGGCCGCUCGGAAUCGCUGCGUGUCGUCUCGCGACCUCACCGCAUUUUCCGCCCCUCGGAUCUCAUCCACGGCGAAGUCCUGGGCAAAGGCUGCUUUGGGCAGGCCAUCAAGGUGACUCACCGGGAAACUGGAGAGGUGAUGGUCAUGAAGGAGUUGAUCCGUUUCGAUGAAGAGACCCAGAGGACAUUCCUCAAGGAGGUGAAGGUGAUGCGGUGCCUGGAGCACCCCAACGUGCUGAGGUUUAUCGGGGUUCUGUACAAGGACAAAAGGCUGAACUUCAUCACGGAAUACAUCAAAGGAGGGACGCUGCGUGGAACCAUCAAGAACAUGGACAGCCAAUAUCCCUGGAGCCAGAGGGUCAGCUUUGCCAAGGACAUUGCUUCAGGAAUGGCUUAUCUUCACUCCAUGAACAUUAUCCACAGGGACCUCAACACACACAACUGUCUGGUGCGAGAGAACAAAAACGUGGUUGUGGCAGAUUUUGGCUUGGCUCGGCUCAUGGUAGACGAGAAGAACCAGCUGGCCAGUUUGAAAAAACCCGACCGGAGGAAGCGGUACACGGUGGUGGGGAACCCCUACUGGAUGGCUCCCGAGAUGAUCAACGGCAGGAGCUAUGACGAAAAGGUGGACGUCUUCUCUUUCGGCAUCAUCUUGUGUGAGAUAAUUGGCAGGGUCAGCGCAGACCCUGACUACCUGCCACGAACCCUGGACUUUGGCCUCAACGUGCGGGGCUUCCUGGACCGCUAUUGCCCUCCCACCUGUCCCCCCAGCUUCUUCCCUAUCGCUGUCUGCUGCUGCGACUUGGAUCACGAGAAACGACCCUCCUUCGCCCGGUUGGAACAGUGGCUAGAGGCGCUCCGCAUCCAUCUGGCCAUGCACCUCCCGUUGAGUUCGCAGCUGGAGCAGAUGGACCGGGCCUUCUGGGAGAAGAACCACCGAGCCGACGGGGGGCUGCCCGUCCACACCGAAGUAUCCGAAUGAGCGGGCCGGAGAUCAACGUGCUGCACUGAGCCCCUGCGUCCCCAUCCACGUGGUGGAGCACACUCGUGCCGAGUGACCUUCGCGAGUGGUGCGCGGGUCACCUGCUGGAGCUGGUCUCCGAGUCAGAAGAGGUGUGCGGGGACCCGCGUCACUGGGAGCUGGCUCUCCCUGCUUCCUUCCAGGGGUGUUAGGGAGGGGAGGGGGGGUUCUGUGCCUGGCAUGCACAGACCAUGUUGGGGGGAUCUUGGGCACUUGUAAAUACUCCUGUGAAUAAAUCCAACUCUCCCAUGCAAAUCCCGCAGCAGAGGAAAGGGGGUGUUCCUCAUUCCUGGGCGGCUUGAAGCUGCUGCAGGGCCCAACGGAGACCCCCGGUAUCCUCCUUUGCAUGCUUUGUGGUCGCAAAAAAAAAGCCUUUGCACACUCCACUGAGCAUGCACAUUUCUGCCACCGACCAGCUGCUGCUCGCAACCUGGCGGGGGGUGGCCCUGGGGGCUCACUCCCUGCCACACACCUCUCUGCCCCGUAACUGAUCCUCGUCCUAGAAAGUGGUGCCUUGGGUUUAUGUGAACUUGCAUUGCUGCACACCAGGGCUCGCUGGGCCCGCCACGUCAUCGUCCUCUGUGUCAGUCAAGUCUGUGAAAAUGCAAGCGCAUAGCAUGCCUGGCCUCUGCUCUUCUGUCUAUCUGCCAAUUUGCGUGGUGUGUGUGUGUGCGUGUGCGCGCGCACACAUCUUUCUGACUACACUAGCCCACUUUUGUGUUCUAGCCAUUAUAGGAACUGCACAUUGCACACUGCACAAAUGUGUGUACCAAAAACCUAUGGAAAACUGGCUUCCUGAGGGAGGGAUUUGGAGUGGAGAGGACCCUAAUGCGGGGAGGAGAAUGCUUAACCAUUUCCUUCCCUCUCUUCCCAGCUACAAAUUACCCUCCUCCAAAGCCACCUUCUCCCGACAAGGUUCUAGAUGCGUAGGGUUUUGUUGUCUGCCGUGUGGUUAAGCCCUUGGAGUCUGGUUUUCUGGAUGUAGCACAGGGAGAGUUCUGGCAACGUCAUUGGAAAUCCUGGAAACGCUUCUCUGAUUAGAUGUAUUGUCAAAGGCUUUCACGGCCGGAUUCAACUGGUUGGGGUGGGUUUUCCGGGCUGUG